AUGGCCACAACAACGAUGUCCCAUGGGUCACAUCUCACCUCGACCUCCUCAACCGUCAUGGCCAGUUGCACUACAGCAGUACCAGGGGUGCACGGCUACGUGCCAUUCGACCCUAAUACCUGCAACUCCAACUAUCAUUUCUACCCGAGCUUCACUGGCAAUCUUGCCUUUGCCACAGUCUUCGGAUUGAGCACCAUUGCCCACUUGAUCGAAGCAAUCGCGUUUAGAAAGAAAUUCUGCUGGGUGGUCAUUAUGGGAGGGGCAUGGGAGACAGGCGCAUUCAUUGCACGAACACUCGGCUCCCGUGACCAACAAGAGGAACAGUUUGCCUUUUGGGGGCAACUUCUCUUCAUGUUGGCACCACUCUGGGUGAAUGCCUUUGUGUAUAUGACAGUCGCGCGAAUGGUAUAUUUUGGGCUUGCCGACAAGCAAAUAUGGAAUAUCAAGGCGACCAAGCUGACCGUCAUCUUCGUUUGGAUCGAUGUCAUCUGCUUUUUCGUCCAAGCAGGAGGGGGUGGCAUGCUGUCAAAUAAAGACGAGCCGAACAUUGCCAGAAUCGGCACAAAAAAUACGUCACGUGCCUCGCUGCAACAAUGGCCGAAUGAAGGGUUUAACGUUGGUGAUGUUGGCGGGAUUACUUCUCAUCGUGUCACCGCUAACUUCAGAGUAUUACAGGUUCGAACCGUUUAUCGCCUGAUUGAAUUCGGGCCCGGCCUCACUGCAGACAACCCCCUACUAACGAAGGAAGUCUAUCCUUUCGCCCUCGAUGCAUUUCCGAUGAGCUUGGCGCUGAUAAUGCUCAAUGCGAUGCAUCCUGGCCUCGUUCUACGUGGGAAGGAUAGCGAAUUUCCCUCUCUCGGCCGAGCGGAAAGAACAGCUAUACGAAGGCAGAAAAAGAAGGAACGCCAACAAUCAAGGGCUACUAACAUUACUCGCAAAAACAGAGAGUAUAUCCACAUUCUUAGCCGCCCAGUCAACCGGCAACCGACUCUUCGUCAAGCUGAUAAGUGCAUGGAGUCUUAUAGUUACGGCCGCAUUCACUGGACCGUUUCCCAUCCCUAUUGCAAUAAUACGUGCUUGAAACAAGCUGCCAUCGUUCCAUUUCCACAGUCUCGGGGUACCAAUUUGGCAUCCUUCAAGGCUUAG